AAACCCCAAAUCACGCAGACAUGGAUCAGUUAUAGUGAAUCACUCACACUCACCAUUCGAGUUGUUCUCUUUUUCACCUCAUCUCCGGCUUGUUGCCGUCAAAUCUCAUCCACGGCGGAGUCGGUGCAGCGCAGCUAGUCUCCGCCGCCCGCCGGGAUCUGAGCCACCCUCAACCGAAGUUAGUAGAAAUUGGUGUCCCACUAGUGAGAUUUUCUGGAGAAAUUAGUGAACACCAACAAAAUAUUAAUGGAGUGGGCAAGCAAAGUGUUGAGUGCUGCGACGAGAGCUUCAAACAACAACACGGUGAUCGACGUGCUGUUGGUGGGUGCAUUUGUGGCGCUGAGCAUGAGGUCGGUGAAGCAGCAGAGAGACAUCGAAGCCCUAGAGUCCCAGAAAGAUACCCUCCUUGUUACCAACAAGGCCAUGAAGAAGUCCAUGUGGGACUGGAAGCAACAACUCUUCAACGAAGCUUCUUCUCCCGACACCGCCGCUGUCCCUCUCUCCAAGCUCAAAGCCAUCUAUGGCGAGUCCCCGACCACUCUCCAUCCCACUGUAGAAGCUGAGCAAGGGGGUGGAAAAUCAACUGUAUCUAAAAUUGUAAUCUGAAAUCUGAAGUGCAACUUCGCCAGAUGGAAAUUUUGUUUCAAAGUCGGGUUCUACGGAAGUAUGACGGAUAGAAGUGUACCC